CCUCCAUCAAUUCCCAGCUGCUGCUUCAUCACAAUCAGCACAAUGGCCUCUUCUCUCAGAUUAGGAGCCAGCAUCCUGCGCACCGCUCCCCUGCGCACCGCCGCCUACAAGGGCUUCCGUUGCUACUCUGCCGGCAAGACCACGUCAUUGAAGGAGACCUUCGCCGCUAAGAUUCCCGGCGAGAUCGAGAAGAUCAAGAAGCUGCGAAAGGAGUACGGCAGCGAGGUCGUUCAAGAGGUCACUCUCGACCAGAUCUAUGGCGGUGCUCGUGGCAUCAAGUCGCUCGUGUGGGAGGGCUCCGUCCUCGACUCCGAGGAGGGUAUCCGCUUUCGCGGCAAGACGAUCCCCGAGUGCCAGCAGGUUCUCCCCAAGGCUCCCGGUGGCGAGGAGCCCCUCCCUGAAGGUCUCUUCUGGCUCCUCUUGACGGGCGAGGUCCCCACGGAGCAGCAGGUCCGUGACCUCUCCGCCGAGUGGGCUGCCCGCUCCGACGUGCCCAAGUUCGUCGAGGAGUUGAUCGACCGCUGCCCCAGCGACCUGCACCCCAUGGCUCAGUUCUCCAUUGCCGUCACUGCUCUGGAGCGCGAGUCCAACUUCGCAAAGGCCUAUGCUAAGGGAAUGCCCAAGUCCCAGUACUGGGAGCACACGUUUGAGGACUCCAUGGACCUCAUUGCUAAGCUGCCCACCAUCGCCGCUAAGAUCUACCGCAACGUCUACAAGGAUGGCAAGGUCGCUCCCGUUGAGAAGGACAAGGACUACGGCUACAACCUGGCCAACCAGCUCGGCUUCGCUGAUAACAAGGACUUUGUCGAGCUGAUGCGCUUGUAUCUCACCAUCCACUCCGACCACGAGGGUGGCAACGUCAGCGCCCACACCACCCACCUGGUCGGCAGCGCUCUCAGCUCCCCCUACCUCUCGUUGGCUGCCGGCCUCAACGGUCUUGCUGGUCCUCUUCACGGAUUGGCCAACCAGGAGGUGCUCAUCUGGCUCCAGAAGAUGAAGAAGGCCAUUGGCAACGACCUCAGCGACGAGGCCAUCAGGGACUACCUGUGGUCGACGCUCAAGGCCGGCCAGGUCGUUCCCGGAUACGGCCACGCCGUGCUCCGCAAGACGGACCCCCGCUAUGUCUCCCAGCGCGAGUUUGCUCAGAAGCACCUGCCCGACGACCCCAUGUUCAAGCUGGUUAGCCAGGUCUACAAGAUUGCGCCCGGCGUCCUCACGGAGCACGGCAAGACCAAGAACCCGUACCCCAACGUCGAUGCGCACUCGGGUGUCCUGCUGCAGUACUAUGGCCUCACGGAGCAGAACUACUACACGGUCCUGUUCGGCGUGUCGCGCGCUCUCGGAGUCCUUCCGCAGCUCAUCAUAGACCGUGCGGUGGGCGCGCCGAUCGAGCGACCCAAGUCGUUCAGCACGGAGAUGUACGCGAAGCUUGUCAAUGCUACUUUGUAAGGGAGUGCAAGAGCGGAGGAGCAGAUGGAUAGAGCAGCGGAAAAGCGUUUGGGAAGCAAGCAAGAUUUUUGUAAUGUACGAAUUCAACUAGGGAUGUAAGAUUGGGCCGUUUGGGUGUUUAGCAUGGUUUCGAAUUGGGCUUUGCAGCCGGUGUAUGACUAGCAAUCCAAUACUGUCUUGUUGACGACUCCCUUGGGCCAUGUCAGUUCGGAGGGUUUGGUACGCAGGGUCGGAAUUCGGAGAGAUGGAGUAAUACUCCGGGCCCUGAUAAGCCGGAUCAUUGAUGGUGGUACAGGUUCAUCACGUGCAAUUCACCGACUGCCCAUAUGGAUCCCGUUGGGGAGCCGUGGCGCGUCCAAAGGGUUGAGGAAGGAGUUCAUGAAGGACGAGGCAGCGGGAGGCCGUGCCUCGGUAGAGCCGUUGAACUGUGAACAGCCCACCUGCACAACCUUGGCCAGCUAUCUACUAUAGUAACCUUGUCUCUCAG